AUGACCUCGUACUUCGGCAACCUGAGCCCGGGCGCGACGGGCUGGCCCACCGGCGCCCAGGACCCGCACUUGUAUGCCCCUUCGAAGUACUCGGGCUCGCCGGCGGGUUACGUCGACGCUCCCGGAGCCCACCACCACCAGUACGCGGCGGCUGCGGCUGCAGCUGCCGCCGCCGCCGCGGCAUCGGCGACCUUCGGCUCUGCCGGCCGCUACCCGUACUCGGGACGCUUCGACGCGGCUCCCAAGGGACUCGGAUACGAUGCCCACCAGCACCCGACGUCGCCGUCCCAUCACCCCCAUCACCAUCAUGGGCAUCCGCAGCAUGCUCACCACCAAUCCCUGGCAGCAGCAACAACCCGGCACCAGCCUGUUACGAGCCACCCAACGUGGGUCCCUACUACUCGGCCGCUGUUCCCGCCAGGCCUCCUCCCGAGACGCACGCCCACGUGGCGCCGACGUCGGCGGCGGUCGCCUCCAAGGAGUACGGCAAGCCGACGAGCAGCGUCUCUCCGUUCGCUGCCAUCGUCAAGCCGCAGCAACAGCAAGCCACCGCAGCAGCAGCCGCAGUUCCCGGGCCAGAGCUCGGCGGCGGCGAGUCCAGUGGCGGCGACACCCGGCAGCAACGGUGCGGGUUCGCAGCCCGAAGGCAACGGUCCCGGGACUCCCGAGAGCUACGCCGGGAGCGCUGGCAGCGCGGAGCCGGUUUCCGGGAACGAGCGACAGGGGUCUCCCACAAACGCGCAGUCGCCGAGCAAGACGGACAACUUCUACCCUUGGAUGAAGUCCUACUCAGAUUCCUCGCAAGGGCCCAAGAGGACGCGGCAGACUUACACCCGCUACCAGACCCUGGAGCUGGAGAAGGAAUUCCACUUCAACCGCUACUUGACGCGGCGCCGGAGGAUAGAGAUCGCGCACGCCCUGGGCCUGACCGAGCGCCAGAUCAAGAUCUGGUUCCAGAACCGGCGCAUGAAGGCCAAGAAAGAAAACAAGCUUCAAGGGGGACUCCUGGUCCCAAAGCCUGGAAACGAACUAGUUAGUGUGCUCCAGGACUCGAAGGGGCUCGGGGCAACCAUGUUGGACAGUGUGGUCUACAGCUGAAGAGGGCAUGCGCGCGCCCGGCGCGACAUCGCGGUGUAACCCUACUUCGCAAAGGUGUACGCGCGCGCGCUGCGUGUGUGCUUGUGUGUCAGUGUCAAGUCAUGUGUACAUUUUCAUCGUCGUUACUACGUCAAGCGCAGGAACAGCGAGAAUGACCUCUCGAGAGUCUCAGAGUAGAGUGUUCUUUUUUGCGUCGAUGCACCGCGCGUACCGCUGGCGGGUAAAGUACAAAACAUAUGCCAUUGAUAGCAGCAACGCUUUUCACAGCUGUAGUGCGAAGUUCUAUGAGCCAUCACCCGAACUCCGAAACUACACAUAACGUACACAUAACUGAAUGUAGAAAAGGAAUGCAGACGGAGAAAGAACUUGCCUACUUCCGCUGCACCGCUCAUAAGAACGAGCAAUGGCUGGCACGACAACACCUCGACGUGCUGUUUGAAGACAACAGGUGGCAAGCUUGCAGCCAAAGGCAGGAAAACAAGGAAAAAGUAUGGCCUCAGGGAAAGACGCGUGUGCGAUGGAGACAUGUCCGCCAAAUGUGCGUCCAAGAUGUCGUGAGCGCUCGUUAAACGAUCGAAAAGCACCACUGAGAAACGAAAGGGGGAAAAAAUGUCGUCGCGAAGAUCCGCCGCGCUCACCUUGAACACCAAACCGCAAGCUGACAGCCGAGGCCCUCUAAUUUAUUGCCUUCAACUUCUUCGGCGAGGGUCGCGAGUAAACGCGCCCUCAGGAGAGAACGGCGUGACGCAUAUUGCUCCGAGCGGCGUGACAACGGUCCUAAAGGGGCGCCUCUUUCUAGACGUUUUCGGCGCCCCCCUUUUUUCGAGGCACCCAAAAACGACGACUACUCGGCUGACGAUGCGACUGUCCUCAACUCAAUGGGACGGGACGAAAGCCGUAAAACGCCGCCGCGGCACCCUCGGUCGCGGGACGAUUUUUCAUAUCUGCUGCCCCGACCACAAAGGGACAGGCGUGCCCGCGAGCCAUGGCGCACAUGUGGCCAUCGGGCGCGCGCAUACAGACAGAUAGCGCUGCAGCCGACCCGGGGCGUCCAGAGUCAGGUGGUGGUCGCUGCCGCGAUGGGUGCCUCGGAGACCGUUUUUCUUUCUCGCAGGGGGUCUUGCCUCCCGCGCUCAAGAGCGCGCUGAUGGUCUUAUGACACUCGACGGCCAUUGUCUUGCGGCCCGGCGCUCGUCUUUCGGAACCAUUAACCGGAGAGCGAGCCGAGAGCGAUGCUUGCCGAAACCGUCAGCGCGCGGGGGGACCUUCCUGCGCGGCGUCUUGGAUGCUCGCGGCAACAAAGAAGUCCGCAUUCGUCUCGCCAUUUAGUGACCCAUUUAAGGGGGUCCCCCCUCUCGAGAAAGGGCUGGAUGGCCCCCCUGAGAGUCACCCCUUCUGGCCGAUUCCCAGGACGGGGUGUCUUCCAGACGCCAUGCGGGAAGUGCUGCUCCACGGCUGCCCGCGCUCCUCGCGUGCCUAAUUGCUGAAAAAACGAGAAGGAAAGAUGCUCGAACGGCACGAAGAAUGGGACGAAGACGACGGCCAUGAGCGCGCAGCCUGGUGGUGGUCCCCGUCUGCGAACGUGAGAAAAAAAAUAAAGAACACAAACUCCCCAGAAGCAGCGCCCUCGUCCGGGUAGAAGCCGCGCUACGUCGUUCAGUGCUGCAGCAGUGUGCGGUGGCUGUGUCAGCGUUCAGAGGUGUUUGCUGCCAGUGACGACUUUGACCCCGGUCGGACGUGAGACGGGUUGCCGUGAUCGUAAGCCGCUUUGAAUGUUCUACCACGUAGGUUUCCAUGUGCGUGCUGUGUUUGUCGCGACACUGUGUUUCGGAUGUGUGGCGUCGGAAGGUGUAUGCGUCUUGUACUGAAGGUAAGGUUAAUCCAUGCACUGCAGACGGAAAAGAGCGCUGACGAGGGAUGCUUGAAUGUGCAGGUCGCUUAUGCUAUAUACUUUUGUUCCUAUAGAUGCCAGGGAAAAAGUGACAUCGCGAGACAGCCCACCCAGUGAUUUAUCAUGCGGCGUCGGCACCGUCAUAGAGUUUUGAGAUGCAUAUGUAUACGUAUGUUAUUUAUAGCUUCUGCGUGUGCCCCCAGUGUACAGAUUUUCGUGGCUUCAUAUAAAAGAA